CGAGUACAGCCGGCCGGACCAGCUGCACCGGCUGCAGGCGCUGCGGGACCAGCUGACGCUGAAACGACAGCUGCUCGCCAAGUACCAGGCGCUGGAGAGCUUCGACCUGCCCGCCAGGAAGUGAGUACCCGCCCAGCUCCCUCAGCUGGAAGAGGAUGUCGUCCACCACUCAAAAGCACCGCAACUUUGUGGCGGAGCCGAUGGGCGAAAAGCCCGUGACUGAUCUAGCCGGCAUUGCCGACGUACUCGGCAAGCGGCUGGUCAGCCACGGCUUCGACCGCGCCUACAUCGUGCUCGGCCAGUUCCUGGUCCUGAAGAAGGACAAGGAGCUGUUCGUCGGCUGGCUGCAGGACCUGAUUCACUGCAACGUUAUGCAGGCGUCCAACUGCUGGCAGUGCCUGAACGACUGGUGCUCGGAGUUCUUGUAGCUGUCCGUGCCGGUCUGCCGCCGCGCCAGACCCGUUGCUGCGUGGCAGUUUCUCUGUCGUUGUCGCUGAUCAUCCUGGAAGUCUCAAAUGCCACACACGCUUUGCUGUUGCUCUCGCUAAGCUUGCGUUUCAUAGAUCAUCGAUCAUCACCUAUGGCGCCCAAGGUGGCCCGGUCACUUUUUGAGGUAAUGGCGGGCUGGAUUGGCUGCUCUGUGGUAGAGGGGAUCGGCCACGGGGAUAAUCCCGUGCUGCUGCUGAUGCCGUGUGAGAUGAACUUGCUGCCCUGCUGGUGGAUGGUCCCCGGCCUGCGCUCUUGCGCUCAGUCGAGCUUGUGACAAUAUUUCCGGUACCACGCGUGCAUGAAAAAUAAACGCCGUGCCUACAAAAAUGUUGUAGCUCAAGCAGCGAAUGAGUAAUCCACAUAUGCAUCGGAUUCCCUGGAUUCCCACGGAUUCCCCGGUCGA